GCCGCCAGACACCACGCCCACAGCACAACAGCCGCCAGACGCGAGUACGAUAGCCAGCAGCCUCGCAAUACGUGUGCCCAGCAGCCGCCGCAAUACCAGACAAGCCGCAGCAACGCUCCCGCCUAGCUCACACAGCAGCCCACAUAACAGCCCACCACACGACGCCAGACACCACGCCCACAGCACAGCAGCCACCGCAGCAACCGCUCGCGCCCAGCCAACAGCCUACAGCAGAGCGAUAACAAGUCAAUAGCUCGUUACGUACCGCCCGACCGCCACCCGCCGACCACGCUACACCUACCGCCCGCACGCUGACCGCACGCCAACCGCACGCAUCCCAAGACCGCCUUCCACCUCCCAGGCACCACCAUCGCGGUGCUACUGACGGGUAACGGGGCGUCCUACCGUAUUUACGUCCACCAUGAAUUCGUUCCUCGCAUACGUUAACGAGCUGCUUGCCAGACCCCAAGAAAGCGCUGCCGGCCUGCUGAGCCCCAGUGCCAUGCCCACGUCUCGGCGAACGUCGAUGUACUCGUCCACGGAUGACGCCGGCCAGCAGGACGCCAACCGCUUCGAGAUUGCGCAACGGGCGCCGGCCAGCAGAGCGCCAACCGCUUCGAGAUUGCGCGCAACGGGCGCCGCGUCGGCGUCGUCAUGCUGGCGCGCCCGGCCUGCCUCGGCGAGGUCAACAACAUGGCCAUUGACUUCUCGGGCGCCGACAUCCCCUGCUACGCCGUGCUCUCAGCACUCGAGUCAGCCAAACGCGUCGACCCCAGCCUCAGCCUACGAUCCGACGCCGGCAUCCACCGCCUUUCGCGCAAGGUCUGGGUCACGGCCAGCGAGGCCACCCUGUACGCGUGCCGUAUCGUCUUUAACCCCACCAUCCCCGUGUCGGCCACGCCCGAGUUCGUUACGAGCGGCGUUAGUCUCGAGUGGAAGAUCCGGCUCGAGUUCGUCGUGCCUACUUACGAUGCCGAGCGCGGCGAGGUUGAGAAUAUUGAAGAAGACGACGAGGAUGUCGAGGAAGACAACAAAGAAGAAAACGACGACGUCGACGAGGACGGUGACGAGGAUGAAGACGGCAGCGGCGAAGGUGGCGCCGACGACAACGGCAGUGAGAAGACAGUCUAGAGGACCCGCCAUCAUCGACGCCACCAAAGAAGCAAUAAGCGCCGCUCGUCGCGGUUGCCAGCACCAGCGGCCCUGUCCACCCGCUGCUCGAAGAAAUUUCCCGCGACGACCGCGGCGGCUCUGUCCUCGUUGCGGCCGAGAACCUGUCACGGAUAAUAGGUUUUGAAGGACUAUGGCUAACAGUUUACCUUAUUGAUUUAGUGUAAAACUAUAAUCGCGUCGCGUG